AUGCCCGAAUAUGCCGUGCUCUUCCUCGGGAUCAUCGCAGCGGGUGCAGUGGUAACCACCGCCAACCCCGCCUACAGCGCUCGUGAGCUGUCGCACCAGAUGGUGGACGCGGGGGCCCGCAUGGUCAUCACCUCGCCAGAGUUGUUAGAGAAGGUGCAUCACGUCAAGACAGGCCAGUCCAUCGUCUUUGUCAUCAUCAAUAGCGACAACAGCAACAGCAGCAGCUCUAUCCCCCCUGGCACCAUCAGCAUCGACCGACUGCUCCGUGCUGACGGGUCCAAGAUUCGAUCACAGCGACAACACCUCCACAGCACCCUUCAGCAUCAACAGCAACACCCCUCUUUCACAGCACAAGCAACACCACCAACAGCAGCAGCAGCAGCAGUAGUCGCAGCAGGAUCAGUAGCAGGAGGAUCAGCAGUGGUACCUUCCCAGCAGGACACCUGUGCUCUCCCCUACUCAUCGGGCACAACAGGCGUGUCUAAAGGCGUGAUGCUCACCCACCGCAACCUCAUCGCCAACGUGCAGCAGCUGCUGGCAGGCACCAACCCGCGCCUGGACCUGUCUCCCGAAGACGUGGUGCUGGGGCUGCUGCCCAUGUUCCACAUCUACGCCAUCACCCUCGUCAACCUCCUCUCUCUGCGUGGGGGGGCCUGUGUUGUCACCCUCCCCAGGUUCGACCUGCACCAGUACCUGCGAACACUGCAGGAUUACAGAGUCACCGUGGCGCCCAUCGUGCCGCCCAUCAUCCUAGCCAUGGCCAAGCUGCCCCUCGUUGACUCCUUUGACCUCUCCUCCCUGCGCCGGGUCGUGUCGGGGGCGGCUCCCCUGGGGGCAGAGCUUGAAACCGCCUUCAGAGCGAAAUUUCCCACCGUGCAGCUGGGGCAGGGCUACGGCAUGACAGAGGCAUCUCCCACUGUCACUGCCUCGCGCCUAUUCGCCCGUGUGCCCCGCCCGCCCGCUCCUGGGUCGUGUGGGUCGGUGCUGCCGCUGACGGAGAUCAAAGUGGUGCACACAGGCACGGGGGAGUCGCUGCCACCCAAUGAGAGAGGAGAGCUCUGGGUGCGAGGACCGCAGGUCAUGAAAGGCUAUCUGAACAAUCCCGAGGCCACAGCAGCCACGAUCACGCCUGACGGCUGGCUGCGCACGGGAGAUGUGGCAUAUUUGGACAAGAUGGGGGAGAUCUUUGUGGUGGACCGAGUUAAGGAGCUCAUCAAAGUCAAGGGCUUCCAGGUGCCUCCUGCGGAGCUGGAGGGUCUGCUGAUCGCCCAUCCUGACAUUGCCGAUGCUGCAGUUGUUCCUGCUCCAAGUGAAGAGAGUGGGGAGGUGCCGGUGGCGUUUGUGGUGUUACUCUCCGUCGGAGCGCGAUCAUUUUCCACGGAUGAGCAAGCAUCGACGUCCUCUGGAUCAGGAACGUCAUCUAUCAAGGCAUUCAACUCAGAUUUCGCUUUUGCGGUGCUCAACCUCACCGAUCCUGUGGUCUUCACACUCCUCGACGCCCGUGGUGUAGCUGUUUGCAAGACCUCUCUGUCUGUACCAUCCGUGGUGGAAAAGGGCUUUCGUGAUGACAUGCUUCCAUGGAGCAACGGAGGCCAAGUGCACGUCAAGUCCAACUUCAUGCUCAGUGAUGAGGAACGAGCCAAGAUUGCGGCUAUGCGUGCCAGGUCGAUGAGCAAGCGCAAGGAUGGCAGCAGCAGCGGCACUGUCACUCCCAUCGCCAGUGGCACUGUGACACCCCGCACUGUCAGUGCCGUGCUCGCCUCUCCCGUUGCCUCCGCUGCUCCAGCAGCCUCGGAGACAUCAACAGCGACCGAAGCAGCAGCAGCAAGCACCACAGAGGUGACUGCUGCCACCACAACAACGACAACCACCACCACCACCGUCACUACCAGCACAACUGCGACAACUGAAACCGCUGCAGCCGGUACAGUCGCGGCGUCUACAGCAACCAGUACCGUCUCAGCUGCUGCCCAGAAGGAAAGCGUGGCUGUGACUGCUGCUCUUCCAGGGAGUGCAGCUGCUGGGGCUCCUGUGGAUAUGUCCAACGUGAUGAUGGUGUUUGAUGGUAGCGAUGACGAGUCGGGCUAUACUGAGUCGUCCCUGGAAGAGUCUGUCAGUGCGCAGGUCGCUCCUGCUGCCCCAGCAGCACCUGUAGCUGCAGCUGCUGUCCCUGCUGCUGCCUCGCCUGCGGUUCCCACUGCUGUCCCGGAUUCUGUCCCUGAGGUUGCUCCUGCUUCAGUUUCUCAAGCUGCUCAAGCGGUGCAGGUUCAGGAUCCUGACUCGAUUGCAACUGCUACAGUGGAGGUGGUGAAAGAGGUGCAGAAGGAGGUUCAGGUCUCAUCAGCACAGCAAACGGCAUCAACGACCAUCACCAAGACUGACGUCACCAUCAUCAAGACCGCCACGCAGGUCGCCAGCGAAGCAACAACCAUGUCAUCAGCAAAGGUCGCCUCAGUCUCAACCUCAACCAAAACCGCCGUCUCAGCAGCAGCAGCAUCGGCAGGGGCUUCCGUGCAGGCCGCUAUGAGCAGCACGACAGGCAGGGCGAGCGAGCAGUCUAGUGUGCGAGGAGGCGGUGGGGUUGCGGCUGACCUCAAUGGUCGUGUUGGCAGCAGCAGCCGACAGCCAGCGGUGGCAGACAGUGAAGCUGCAGAGAGCAGCUGGGAGAGCGGGGAUGAGGUGGAGAGCAUGGAAGGGUCGUCAGUAUCAGGAACGACAGACAGGGAGGUGGUUAGGAGGGGCAAAAGGGGGUCUAGCAAGGGGCGGAAUCACAACGGAGGACUGCUGGGUCAGGUGCUGCGGGUUGGUGAUGGGCUCACGCCGGUGAUGAAGCAGGUGCUGGGUACGGGAGCGUUCAUGCUGGCUAUGGUUGCGCUCUGGCCGCGCCCACAGAAGCAGAGCCGAGUCCAGCUGGAGUGA